AUUUCAAUUCGAUCGUAUGGGCAUCAUGGAAAGGAGAAUGGGGCUCUUGUUUCUAGUUAUCUUGGGUGCUGCCUUGGCAUCUGAUGCCAGAGAAUUGGCUAAUACUGAUCUUUUGAGUGAACAAACCAGAAGACCAGAUGUAUGUACACUUUGUGAGGAAUAUAGUGCCAAGGCACUUGAAUACCUAAGUGAAAAAACCCAGGAAGAGGUUAUGGAUUACCUUCACAAUGCUUGCCACCAGCUGCACUCUUUUGAACAGCAGUGCACUACUUUGGUGGACUAUUAUGCUCCUCAAUUUUUCUUAGAGCUUGCGUCACUUCAGCCUGGAGAAUUCUGCAAAAAGGUCAAUCUCUGUGAGAAAAUUGCAAUUAUUUCCUCAAAAGUUCAAGAAGAUAGCUGUGGAUUCUGCAAAGAAGCAGUAUCAGAGUUAACGGAUAAGUUGAAGGAUCCUGAUACUCAGCUAGAGAUAAUUGAGACACUUCUAAAGGUUUGCAAUUCCGUGGAGAAGUAUUCAAAGAAGUGCAAGAAGCUGGUAUUUGAGUAUGGACCAGUGAUCCUAAUCAAUGCUGAGAAGUUUCUGGAGACUAAAGAUAUAUGCACUGUAAUUCAUGCUUGCAAGGCAUCCACGGAAGAAGUUCUCUUACUCUCCGACUCUUGGUUGCUUGAAGAUCACUACAGAACCUUCUAGCUUUGUAUUAUACUAUUAUGUAUAAACAAUCUCUUGAUUGUUCUUUUGUUCUACUUUUUUGCUACUACUGCAUCUACUUUAAAGAUUCAAAGCUUGUAUUUAUGUGUGCUUUAGGAGUCCAAUACCUGCUAUAUACUCUUAAUAAUUGCCAUUUUUCAUAAAUGAUUUUUUUUUUUUU